AUGGUUACCGGCCAACACCCUCCCAAGAACAAACGUCCAAAGGAACAAGGAGAAAAUAGAAUCAAACCUACCAACAAAAAGGUGAAGCCCAAAAUUCCUAAAAUAAAGGACAGGGAUGCAGCUGAUUCAACACCAAAGACACAGUCUAUAAUGAUUCAAGUGAUGGAUAAAGGUCGCUUCCAGAAACCUGCUGCUACCCUGAGUCUGACGGCUGGGCAAACCGUGGAGCUUCGAUGUAAAGGGAGCAAAAUCGGAUGGAGCUAUCCUGCGUAUCUGGACGCCUUUAAGGACUCUCGUCUCAGCGUCAAACAGCACGAGCGCUACGGCCAGUUGACUCUGGUCAAUUCCACGUCGGCUGACACGGGCGAAUUCAGCUGCUGGGGCCAGCUCUGCAACAGCUACGUCUGCAGGAGGGACGAGGCCAAAACGGGCUCCACUUACAUCUUUUUUACAGAGAAAGGAGAACUCUUUGUGCCGUCUCCCAGCUACUUCGACGUUGUCUACUUGAAUCCGGAUAGAGAGGCCGUGGUUCCUUGUCGGGUGACGGUGCUGUCUGCCAAAGUCACCCUCCACAGGGAGUUCCCGGCCAAGGAAAUCCCUGCCAAUGGAACGGACAUCGUUUACGACAUGAAGCGAGGUUUCGUGUACCUGCGGCCCCAGGUGGACCAGCAGGGGGUGGUCUACUGCAAGGCCGAGGCCGGGGGCAAGUCGCAGAUCUCGGUCAAGUACCAGCUGCUCUACGUGGAGGUUCCCCGUGGCCCUCCGUCAGCCACCAUCGUGGCCUCCUCCACCAAGGUGAAGGGAGGGGAUGACGUCCGCGUGCUCUGCGCCGUCCUGGGGGAGCCCGACGUGGAGGUGGAGUUCAGGUGGAUCUUCCCGGGGCAGAAGGACGAAAGGCCUGUGACCAUUCAAGACACGUGGAGGCUGAUCCACAGAGGACUCGGACACACCACGAGGCUCUCCCAGAGCGUCAUCGCAGUGCACGACUUCGAGACCAGCGACACAGGGUACUACAUUUGCACUGCGCAGAAUCCUCAAGGCCAGACUACGGUCACUACCGCUGUUGAGUUUUCCUGACUUGGAAAAGCAGGUACGAUGAACUUAGGGGAGGCCCACUCAGCUUUGGGGUUCUUACUAGUGCUCUGCUGGAGGCGGAAGUCCGGCACCAAGCCACGAACCCUGCUUUGUGAGCUAGACCCAGACAUCCAAACUAAAAACCAGUCAGGUGGUUGACUAAUGGAAGUGUUAAGUUUUCUAACAGAAAGCAUGUAUUUUGAUUGCUUGCCUAGUUUCUAUAAGUAUAUAUGUAAAUGACUUUAU